UCAUCGAGCCUGCCCGCCCCUGAGUCUGGAGCAGCAGCAGCGGUGGAAGCCUCACUGCCUCUCCUCGCCUCACCAGUGCGGGAACCACAGCAGCAGGAGAGCAGAAUGGAUACGGAAGGGAGCCAGAGCAGCCUGUCCUCCGGCACGGACAACUCCCCCCACGACCCCUGCAAAAUGUUCAUCGGGGGUCUGAGUUGGCAGACGACGCAAGAGGGCCUCAGGGAGUACUUCUGCAAAUUCGGCGAGGUGAAGGAGUGCAUGGUGAUGCGGGAUCCCGUUACCAAGCGGUCGAGGGGCUUCGGCUUCGUUACGUACGCCGAUCAGGCCGGUGUGGAGAAGGUUUUGGCGCAAAACAGACAUGAAUUGGACUCCAAAACGAUCGACCCAAAGGUGGCGUUUCCCCGCCGGGCUCAGCCUAAGCUUGUGACCAGGACAAAGAAGAUCUUCGUCGGAGGGCUUUCAGUCAACACAACCAUCGAAGACGUGAAGCAAUACUUUGAUCAGUUCGGGAAGGUCGACGAUGCUAUGCUCAUGUUCGACAAAACGACCAACAGGCACAGAGGUUUCGGCUUCGUCACUUUUGAGAACGAAGAUGUGGUUGAGAAAGUUUGCGAAAUCCAUUUCCACGAGAUCAACAACAAGAUGGUGGAGUGCAAGAAAGCCCAGCCCAAAGAAGUGAUGACGCCGACAGGCUCCGCCAGGGGCCGCUCCAGAGUGAUGCCUUAUGGGAUGGACACCUUCAUGCUGGGCAUUGGCAUGUUGGGCUACCCAGGUUUUCAGACUACUACCUACACCAGCCGCAGUUACUCUGGAAUAGCACCCGGAUACACCUACCAGUUCCCAGAGUUCCACUUAGAGCGGACCCCCCUUCUGACAUCGUCCCACCCCCCUGAGCUGACAGCCAUUCCCCUCACUGCGUAUGGACCAAUGGCAGCGGCGGCAGCGGCAGCAGUAGUCAGAGGCUCCACCCCGUCGCGCACAGCUGGCUUCCUGGGUACCAGCAGCCCCGGACCAAUGGCCGACCUCUACGCCGCGGCCAACCAAGACUCAGGAGUCAGCACCUACAUCAGUGCCGCCAGCCCCGCCCCCAGCACAGGGUUCGGUCACGGUCUAGGGGGUCCGCUGAUUGCCACUGCAUUUACUAACGGCUACCACUGAGGAGGCUCGCGUCACGGAGGAUCGGAGGUUCUCCUCCUCUGUCUGCUGUUGUGCUAAUCAGAACGCUGGCUGCCCUUUGACGGCACAACCUGAUUGGCUGGUCACGGGUCUCUGGCGGGCUCUCCUGGCACCGCGUGGCUCCACCCACCGACUGAAGAUCUUUUUAAAACCAGAACUCUUGUUUUGCUGUACUAAUCUCACUUCACCAUAACGUCCCCGGUUCUUCUCUCUCUCUCUCUCUCUCUCUCUCUCUCUCUCUCUCUCUCUCUCUCUCUCUCUCUCUCUCUCUUUUGUCCUCAUGUAGUACAACAACUAGUCCCCCACCCACCCCACCAUCCUUCCUCAGUUAUCCGUUUCUUUCCUCUGUCGAAGCCGAGAGGAGAAAACUGCAAAAAAAAUGUUUGAGAAGCUGUUGGAGUAGGACAAAGAGGAACUGUUUUGAUUUAUUUUUAUGUUUUUUUUUCAAAUGAUUUUAUUAUAAUGUGAUGUGUUAUUUUAUCAUGAAAUCUUUCAGAGCUGUUACUGAUGUGGUUAAGAAAAAAAAAAGAAAGAAAAGAAAACGUGAGACGGGGGCAUUUUUAACAAAAGAGAACAAACACAACAAAAAGUCCUUUUUUUACGCUGCAACUGUCACUGAAAACACAGAUGAAAAAAAAAACAAAACAAACGAAACAAAAAUGUAUAUUUUGGUAGUCUUUAAAAACAACAAAAAAAACCUUUGUAAUAUUGUUAUUAAUAUUGACAUAAUAAUGAUAAUCUGUAAGGUAUUUUAUUCUGUAAUUGGUUUUAAAGCAAUGUUUUUAUGUCUUCCUGUAAGAUAUUGUACAUAGAGGCGGGGUGGGACGGAGGGGAUUCUCAUUGGUUGAUUUUGACUGGAUGUCAUAUGCUACUGUCUGCGAGCAUCUCACUACUUUAACAGUAUGCAUAUGGUUAACUGUGCACACUGUGGGCCAGUCCGCUCUAGUGUCUCGUCAGUGCAUUGCUGAAAUGAGCAUUUUUAGGAGUUUGUCUGUGAUAUUUGCCUGUUAAUCGACCAAAUUAUCUCUUUUUUUUUUGCUUUACUUCCACAACAGUGUCAAGUUUGACUCUUGCAUGAUCACGCAACUUAAGUUAAACACAGCAGACUUAACAAUUACCUUAAAGCAGGAGGCGAGCCAGUGCAGGGCUGUUUUCAGGAUCUUAUCUGGCCUGUUUUUUCUUUUAAUAACAAAUUCCUCCCAUUUUUGACUAAACCUCUUGGAAAAAAAGUGCAGGAAUGACUCCUGCAUCUUUAUGCGACCACAUACAUACAGUGUAGGUAAGGAUGAAUAAUAACCAUAAAGCAGGAGAAUAUGUGCCGCAGCGGUCUGCUGUCAAGUACAUUUUUAGGACCUUAUCUGGCAAUAUUGCCCCUUUUAAUCAAUGAAGUCAUCCCCUUUUUAUUGCUUCGCUCGUUCAAAAAUGCAUUUUCUGGAGACACAUCUCGGAUAAACACAAUCGAUUCAUGGAGGAGUAACAGUCUGUUCAGACGCGUUGCAGGCGUCUGCUAUUCAGUACAUUGUCAGGAGUUUGUUAGCCAGAUUCGCAAAGCUGAUUAACAAAGUCGUCCCUUUUUUGCUUUACUUCCCUAAAAAAGCAAGUUUAACAAUUGCAUCUUCAUGCCAUGUUUCAGAUAAACACCAUGGACUUAAAUAACCUUAAAGCAGGAGAAGAUGAACUGCGCCGCUGUCCUCUCAAGUACAUUUUCAGGAAUUUUUCCGGUAUAUUUGCCCCGUUAACUAAUAAGGUCAUCCUUUUUUUUUUUUUUCGUUUUGCUUUUUCAAAAACGCAGGUCUGACAAUUGUAUCUCCGGGCUACCUGUUACAGCUGAACACAACGGACUUAUGGAAGAAUAACAACCUUAAAGCAGGAGAAAUUAGGGGUUGGGGGGGGUUUUGGCUUGACUUCCUCUUUUUUGAAAAUAUGAUAUAUAUAUAUUUUUUGAGCGGUUCUCUUAAUGUUUCUGUUUUAUUGCUCUCUUAUUAAAAUAUCUUUUAUGCGGUGUUGUCCACCGUGAAGACAAAUGAAGGACAUUCUCAGAGAACGCAGUUGUGAAAAACGUAAAAAAACGAAAAAAAAAAAAAACACCUCACGAUCCUGUUCUGUCCUCUUAUCACUGUUUGAAGGUGCAUGUGGUUGCGUCUGAGCGUGUGUGAGUUCGUGUUUGUGCGCAUACAUCCAGAGUGUAAUAUGGAACUACUUCUGGUAGCGGAGGAGCAUUAUGAUUGCCUUUUUUCUUUGGUACUGGGGAAAAAAAAAAAAAAAACAAGAAAAAAAAAAAAGAUGGUCCUGUUCCAUUUUGGCUCCCCGGCAAUUCUCGCCUGACCUUCUCCUAAAUCUGUGCUUCUCUGGAAGCAACGCAAUAUUUCUUAAUGUAAUGUUGCUGCUCCACAUGGAGGUGAACAGGCGGGAGACCAGAAAAUGGAACAGGGUCACGUUCCCAGCCGGUUCUGACACGGGAGCUCGGCGCAAGAAGUUUCUGGCGGGAAGGCCGGACCAGGUUUGCCAGAACCUGUUCGGCCUCCUUUUUUUCUGGCAGGGAACGCUUUCCUGAUGCAGCCGGCAGCUCCUCUAUCAGACAGGCUGGGACACGGUUUAGAAUAAACAAAUGAAUCGAAAACUACUGCUGGACACCAACACUGUAACUUUUUAAACGUACAACAAAGCAAUAAGUUAUUUUUUACCUUACAAAUGAGAAUACUAUUAUUGGUAAUAGCAGACAAGAAGUGGAAAAUUCUGCGGCAUUAAGACUUAUUUUCUGGAAAAAAGUGAACUCUAUUUUUCUGUUUUUAAGAUGUUUCCCCCCCCUCCCCUUGUAUAUUGCUUUUAAAGAUGCCUUUUUGUUUUGGUGAUGUAUGGAGAAGGGCCAAUUGUUGGAGUGGAGCUCUGUGUGAGCUCAUGUAAAGAUACUGACUGUCCCUCGCCAAGCUUUCCUUUUUUAUUUUUGUUUUCUGACAAUUUCAAUUUGAAGUUCCUAAUAAAUUAUUCUAAAGCAA